GCGGUCACAUGACCGGCGGGCUACUUCCUGAGGCUCGGUUGUUUUUUCCUGCAGGACGGCGAAUGACGGAUCUGUUUUGAUCUCAUGCGACACCACGUAGCCGCUCAGCAGACCCCGACAGCCCGGGCCGAAGAGGAGGAACCUCCGGCGACGGGGGGCAUCCCACCACCACCAUCACCUUCAACCCGUCUGCAUCUGCUCAGUGUUCACGCGUUCUUAUUUUUCUUGAACGGGAGACAUGGUCACCGGAGGAGGGGCGGGUAGCUAGUACAAGUGGAUGCAACCCUAAACACCGCCCGGCUUUUGUUCUGGGGAACGGAACGAACGACGCGUAAAGGAGGUUGUUAUUGUUGUUUGUUUUUUUAAAUCCUUCUGGCAAGUGGUGGCUACUUCACAUUAGCUCGGGUUUUCAACCCCGAACACCCCCAGACGUCGACAUGUCGAAGUACACGAGCUUCCCGGACCCGGUGGACAACCCUUUCCAGGACCCCGCAGUGACUCAACACAGCAGCAACACAGGAUAUGCCACACUGGACCUUUACAACCCGUUUGACAACACGACUGGACCUCCACCACCAUAUGAAACCACCUCUCCCACUGCUCCAUCUGUGCCUGCGCAGACCCCACCAAGCAGGACAACGCCCACUGAGCCCCGCAACUAUGGCUCCUACAACUCCCAGACUGCGGUGAACGCCACCACGGCCGAGCUCCUGAGGAAGCAGGAGGAGCUGGAGAAGAAAGCCAAGGAGCUGGAGCGGAGAGAGAGGGAGCUGGAGUCGCACAGCCUGGGACCUGGAGCCUCCCGUCAGAAUAACUGGCCCCCGCUGCCCUCGUUCUGCCCCGUGGGCCCCUGCUUCUACCAGGACAUCGACGUGGAGAUCACCCAGCGUUUCCAGCGCACAGUCACCAUCAUGUACUACUUCUGGAUGUUCGGCACUUGCACGCUGCUCUUCAACCUGAUCUCCUCCCUGGCCAUGUUCUGCGUGGACCCCUCUGGCGGCGUGGGCCUGGGCCUCGCCAUCCUUUGGGGGCUCCUCUUCACCCCCUGCUCCUUCGUCUGUUGGUACCGACCCAUGUACAAAGCCUUCAGGAGUGACAGCUCCUUCAACUUCUUCCUCUUCUUCUUCAUCUUCUUUGCACAAGUGGUCGUCUACAUCAUCAUGACCAUUGGCAUCCCUGGAUGGGGUUUCAGUGGGUGGAUCGUGAGCCUGGCUGCUCUGAAUACCAGUGUCCCCGUCGGUGCGAUCAUGAUGAUCAAUGCCAUCUUCUUUACCUCCCAAGCAGCCAUGGGGGUCGUCAUGCUGAAGAAGGUCCACAGUCUGUACAGGCAGACCGACGCCAGCUUCCAAAAGGCCCAGGCGGAGUUCACCACCGGAGUCAUGGCCAAUCAGGCCGUACGCAACGCUGCUGCCAACGCGGCCCAAGGGGCCUUCACCGCACCUCGAUAGAGAGGUAACAAGUAGGGCUGGGAGGGUAAGAAGUGCAGGGGCUUUUCAUCUCGAUAGAGGAACAGUUUGGUCCUAAUGUCCCCACAGAUGAUUAGAAUUUGAUGAGGGCAGGGGGGGGGAUGUGUCUUUAUAAUCACCCUGGGACACUUAAACAAUAGGGCACUUGCAUGAGACGGAGGUGGUGUGGUCUAAUUUAAAAAAUGUGUGCAGAACAAAUUAGCUAUAUUGCCAAAACGGGAGUCAACAUGUCAUAAAUGUUGAUUGAAGGAACAGAAAAAAUGUUACGAGACGAGAUGUGAAGACUAUAAAAACGCUGAAGAUGUGUGAAAAUUGUCGCAGUUGUACCAAGUGUCACUGAAUGCUUUUUUUUUUAAUAUGAGGAGUCAAGUUGUGUGCCAAGUGGGACUGCUAGUGUGAAUAUUAUUUCCAAAUUCAAAUGACUCGGAUGUAAAUUGUGUUAACGAGGAGCCAUGUGUGCGACAAGUGGAAGAGUCGGAGGCGAAAACACUGAAACGUUGCCGUUCUAACAUUUGAUCCGCGACCGAGUGGAUCAGCUUCUGCCAGUCGUUUUUUCUUUUUGUUGCUCAAGUGUUAAACUAACAAGUUGUUUUGUUUCUAUUCCAAAUGAGAAUGCCUAUUUACCGUAUUGCCAAAACCUCUCAUCCCGUCAAGGUUAUGAACAUGUGUUGUUUUGGUUUCAAAUAUACCCGUCACUGGUCUGUUUUGUGCGUUGUUGUGUUAUGAUUAUUACCGUUCACUGUCUUGGUUCAAUGAAGAAUAAAAUUGUCUUGCUUAUACAGUCAA